AUGAUUCAGAAAUAUACCGUGGAGGCAGUUCGGAAUCUGACACGCUUGGCUCUGGGAGCACUAAUCAAAUUGGGGAAAGACACCUGGGGGUUGUUCAAGGGGUCUGCAGUGUCUGCAGUCUUCGACGACCGGCGGUGCUUUCGCGAUCCUGCAGCUGUUGCCCUUGGUCACGACAAUGCUUGCGUGUUGGUGCUGGAGCAGGCGAGCGACACCAGGAAAGACAAGAAGGAGAAGGAGAAGAAGGACAGACAUAAGGACACAGAGAAAGCAAAGAAGGAGAAGGAGAAGGAUAACAAAGACAAGCAGAAGAAUCACAAAGACAAGGCCAAAGAGAAGAAAGACAAGGAUCGAGACAAGGAGAAAGACAAGGACAGAGAGAAAGCUGACAAAGAAAAGGACAGAACAAAGGAAAAGGAAGAGAAGCUCCACCAGAGAGAGGACAAGGAGAAGGACACACAGAAGGACAAAGAGCCCUCGGAGACUGCAAGAGUGGAAAAUGCUGAGAAGGCCAGUGCUGCUGCAUCCGCCGAUAUCCACCGGCACAUUUCACGGGCAAUGAAACCGCUUCCCGUUGCUCAGAAGUCCAAAGCUAAGAAGAAAGACGACAAGUCCGAGGCAAAAGACAAGCCAAAGCACAGUGAUAACGGCGAGAGGGACCGGAGGAAGAAGUCGUCGCGAAGUUCCAGCAGCAGCUCAAGCAGCCGACGGCAGCGCAGAAAGCGAAAAGAGCGCGAGAAGGAGCGGAGGAAAAGGAAAGACAAAAAAUCCCAAAGGUCCAGUUCCAGCUCCAGCAGCUGA